AUGCCUCGACCAACACAGCAUGAAGUCUUCCACGCAAUCCAGGAUAAAGCGAAGCGUAGGCAAGAGGAAGGCACGGUCUUGACCCAAGCCGUUAUUACUAAAUAUUUGAAAGACUUAUACAACCCACGCUUGAGAGGUCGUUUAUACUUUUACGAUCAGGACAAAAACGGUCUGCCAAUCGCCAAAGUACCUACCUACAUAGUUAGUGGAAAGCAUUAUUGUUCCGUCGCUCUAGAAAAUGCCUUCAGUGCGGAAGACUGGCAAGACCAACUCAAGCCGCCAGGCUUCAUAGGCAAGGUCUGGCCGCCCAAAGUAAUUGAAGAUCUUAUUGGUAAUGUCGAUAAGACGGAAGAUUGUGUAAGAGAAUGUUACGUAUGCAACGAAGUAGAAGACGGUUUCUGCAGGUGUGGAUACAGCUCCUGGAAGGACUACUGGCCUGAGUACUGGCCUACCCAUCUAUUGUUACAAAGAGCCGGUGCUUGCGGUUACGGUGUUUUCGCGCGUAAAGUGAUUCAAGAUUCAACUGUUGUAGGGGAGUAUACAGGCCGCAUCAUACCUGUCAAGACCAACGGAGCCAGUGGAGAGGAUGCUUAUAGUACCAGGAUCUCGAUCGGUGGGUGUAAUACAAAACAAGAAUCACAGGCCACGGCUACGCUAGACGCACUUCAUACCGGGUCGAUAUUAAGGUUCAUCAAUCACUCUUGUAAUCCGAAUGCGCGAUUGCAUGAGUUUCAAUGUGGCAUGGAACGCCGGGUCAUUUAUGUGGUGGCAAUACGCGACAUUACCAUCAACGAGGAGCUAACGAUAGACUAUGGUCCAAAGUGGCUACAUAGUGAUUGUCUUUGUGGUAGUGCUGACUGCAGAAACCCACCUACAGGUCCCGAAGUGCUCGAUUUACCUAUGAGAGAUCUUAGUGAAGAUGAGACCACGGAUGUAUACGAGUAUGAGAGCCUUGUACUGGACGUUUCGGACUCAUCAGAAGAUGAUGUGAAGGCCGUCACUGACAACAGUGCCGAUGUGGAUUCAGAUACGGACGUUUGGGAUAUGGGCUACAGGUCUUCGGACCCGGAGUACGAAGAUCAGUCGGAGUAUGAAGAACAUUCCGAGGACGAGGAGCAUAAGCAGAAGAGGCGGACCUGCUAA